GUCUCGGUGCGCUAAGACGCGUUCGGCGUUUAGUCUCGUCCGGACCUCAGAUGGCCUCCGAUCACACGAGCUGCACGAAGCACAGCGGGAAGCUCGGCUCCAUCGUUCCCUAGCGAAGGCCAUCGUGGAUUUUACCGCAUUGUUUUGCCAUUCCCAUCCAGAGACGUAGCGAGGAAGAAGAAGAUGAUGAUGAUGCGCGCACCAUGGUGGAUUUCCCUUUUGUGCGUCUGUGGUUUGAUGCACGCCGGUCACCAGAGUACCCCCCAUUCCCCGAAUGGUGCCGCCUCGUCGAAUGUCAACACGCCUCGUAAAGGAGGCAGCACGGUGCCCGUCCGCCUGCUCUACAGCAGACACAACCAUAGCAUGAUCGGCCACCACGAGCUUAGGACCCGUGUCAGAGGCAGUCCCGAAUCCGAACAGGUGAACCAUGUAGCCCAGGCCAGCUUUCAAGUGGAGGCUUUUGGCAGGAAGUUCAUCUUGGACGUGGAGCUCAAUCAUGAUCUGCUGUCUUCAGAGUACGUGGAAAAGCAUUUGUCAGAGAAAGGGAAGACAGUCGUCACUGCUGGAGGAGAGCACUGCUACUACCAGGGGAAAGUCAGAAACAUUCCUCACUCCUUCGCAGCGCUGUCGACUUGUCAUGGCCUACAUGGGAUGUUUUUCGAUGGCAAUCACACAUAUCUGAUUGAACCUGGAGGAGAGGGCGGCGGUAACCACGGCGAUGUUCACUUGAUUUACAAAUCCGGAGGACCAGAUGAACUUCAUGACUUUCCCCGUGGUAACCAUCGUGAGCCACCCUUUCCCAGUCCUCCUUUUCCUGGCGCAAGAAUUGUUCACAGGAGAAAGAAGAGACAGGCUCCACACAUGUCCCGAAGUGUGGAAGAUGAGAUCAAAUACAUUGAACUGAUGGUCAUCAAUGACCAUUUAAUGUACAAGAAGCAUCGUCUCUCCGUUGGCCACACCAAUAACUAUGCUAAGUCAGUGGUCAAUAUGGCUGACAUGAUUUUCAAGGAACAGCUAAAUACUCGUAUUGUGCUGGUUGCCAUGGAAACAUGGUCCGCUGACAACAAAUUCAACAUCGACGACGACCCCAUGGUGACCCUGAAGGAGUUCAUGAAGUACCGCAAAGAUUUCAUCAAGGAGCGAUGUGACUCCGUGCACCUCUUUUCAGGGAACCGUUUUCACAGCAGCUGGGGUGGUGCUUCCUACAUGGGGGGUGUUUGCUCCCUCACCAAAGGGGGAGGUGUCAACGAGUACGGGAAAACAGAUGAGAUGGCCAUAACUCUGGCUCAGUCCCUGGGGCAGAACAUUGGCAUCUUCUCUGACAAGAAAAGAAUCCUUAAUGGAGAGUGCAAGUGUGAUGAUCGUUGGUCAGGCUGCAUCAUGGAUGAUGUUGGCUUCUACCUGCCCAAGAGGUUUUCUGACUGCAACGUGGAGGAAUAUUACAACUUCCUAAACAGUGGUGGAGGAACCUGUCUGUUCAACCAACCCCUCAAGCUGCUGGACCCUCCUGAUUGUGGUAACGGCUUUGUGGACGCAGGGGAGGAGUGCGAUUGUGGCAGCCCGGCGGAGUGUGCGAAAGAGGGAGAGAACUGCUGUAAAAUGUGCACCCUGACUCAAGGCUCGAAUUGUAGCAACGGACUUUGCUGCAACAACUGCCAGAUGGAAUUCUUGGGGGUCGUGUGCCGGGAUGCGGUAAACGACUGUGACAUCCCGGAAAACUGCAUGGGAAACUCCAGCCAGUGUCCACCAAAUGUGCAUAAGAUGGAUGGUUACACGUGUGAAAAAGACCAAGGUCGCUGUUUUAACGGGCGAUGCAAAACCAAAGACAAGCAGUGCAAGUACAUUUGGGGAGAGAAGGCCACAGCGGCUGACAAGUUCUGUUACGAAAAGCUCAACAUCGAGGGCACCGAAAAGGGCAACUGUGGGAAGGACCGGGACACCUGGAUCCAAUGUAACAAGCAGGACGUUCACUGCGGUUACCUGCUGUGCUCCAACAUCUCACCUGCCCCACGACUCGGAGAACUACACGGAGGCCUCACCUCCUUCUCGGUGGCCAGACACAGCGCAUCUCUGGACUGCAGUGGUGCUCACGUGUUGAUCGAUGGAGACACCGACCUUGGCUAUGUGGAGGACGGAACGGCCUGCGGGACAGACCGCAUCUGUUUCAACCACAAAUGUCUCCCCAUUCAGCAGUUCAACUUCAGCACCUGCCCCGGGACCACAGACAAAAGCAUCUGCUCGGGACAUGGGGUGUGCAACAAUGAGCUGAAGUGCGUGUGUUUCCUGGGCUGGGCCGGAGAGGACUGUAACUCCACGUCGCCUCUCAGCUAUCUUGUGGUGGGACCCACAGCCUCCGUUUCAGGCAUAACCAGUACAAACAUCAUCAUCUGUGCCAUCGUUGGCUCCAUCCUCUUCCUCGCUCUCAUACUGGCUGUGACGGCUUGGUGCUACAAGAGCUACAAGCAGAGACGCUACGUGGAGUCUGAAGUUCACCGAAGAUUCUGCCGACAAAUGCCGCCAGGCGACUACGUGACGAAGCCGAGCGACGCCGACUCCUUUUACAGUGACAUGCCGCCCGGUGUGAGCACCAACUCGGGCUGCAGCUCCAAGAAGAGGUCAGCGUGUCUGUCGCAUCUUCAGAUUUGCGCGCUGUCCUUCACUCCCUCCAUCCCAUCCAUCACUCAGAACAUCUCACUGUUUGGCUUCAGAUCUAAUGGCCUGUCCCACUCAUGGAGCGAGAGAAUCCCAGACGCCAAACACAUCUCAGACAUCUGUGAGAACGGGCGGCCGAGGAGCAACUCGUGGCAAGGAAACAUGAGCGGACACCGCAAGAAACUGAAAGGAAAGAAGUUCCGUGCUCGCUCAAACUCCACUGAGACCCUUUCACCCGCCAAGUCUCCCACUUCCUCGACAGGAUCUAUCGCAUCGAGCAGGAGAUACCCUUACCCCAUGCCCCCUCUGCCCGAUGACCAGAGGAAAGCAAACAGGCAAAGCGCGAGGCUGUGGGAGACAUCGAUAUAAGGGCCAGAGAAAAACAUCACUUCACAGGAUAAAAAUGUACUAACGCACACAACAAGGAAACAAAAUGGGACUCUGAACGUCGACCGGGACGAGCGAUAAGCAUCUCGUCAUUCAAGAUGCCGGAUGAAGCACGACUGGCGCAGAACUGCAACUAGUCACCCCAGCCCCCAAAACCUUGAGCCAUCCUUUCCAAAUCCACCUUUUUUUGUGUGUGGUCCAGACAUCCAGGCUGCAUCUGUGGAUCUAGUGCAGCGUUUGUGGGUACAAAGACUAAAUGCAUGGAGGAGCGCCAAAGGACACUUUUGGACACAACGCAUGCGAGGGGGGCACGCAUUUUCACGUCUCUCUCUCUCUCGCUCUCUCCAAUAUAACUGACAAUAUUGCAUCACUCAUAAGAAGGGAAAAUGAAAACGCACUCUCACUGUAUGUAUGUUGUAUACAUAAGUAAAGCAAAUUGUACUCAUUUGAAUUACUGUAAGACCACUAAUAGCUUCAAUGUCCAUUCACUACAGAAUGUACAGACAUAUUUUGCCCAUUAUGGAUGGGUGGGGGGCAUUUUGACCAGAUGUUUUCAAACAUCAGGGGAGAAUUUUUUUUCCAUAAUCCUUUUGAAUGGCAAUUAAAUGUGUACCUGUUAAUGCCCCAGGAAUUAAAAAAAACUGCCCAUUUUUAGAGAAAGUGUAGUAAUGUCACGAGAAUAAGGUCUUAUUUUUCCCAUAUACAAUUUUCACAUCAGUUUAUAUGUUUAGCAAGGGAAGAAAGUCAGAUUUUAACAAGUGUGCUGUAUUUAAAAAAACAGAAUUCCCAUUCUCGUAAUAUUGGUCAUUUUCUUCUGUCACCUUUAUUCUGAAAAAAAAAAAAAAAAAAAAAGCAUAUAUUCUCACAAAAUAUAUGCUCUUUUUGUUCUCUUUUAAAAAGCCUUUGUUCCAGUAAUAAUGUGCCUUUUCCAGAGAUUUUAAUUGGGCCAAAUUUGUGUUUUACUGGUACACAUAUGUAUGUAUAUCUACUUUUUAUCAUGAUACAAUAUACUAAUUUAUUGCAAAUCAUUUAGCAGGCCCCAAGUUACAGCUGACCGAGCCCCAGUUUGAGAAGCACUGAUUUUGUCACCCUCAAAAGGUCGCCGUCGUGCAUCAUCACUUCGACCCCUUGCCUGAGAGCCCCUCCCCUUUCACAAUUACAGCAGAUAACUUGCACGGUCCGGGUAUCAAGUGGGGUACACGUACGCAUUUUUAACGUUGUUAAACCCAUUUUUGCAUCUCUCUCUCUCAGCAAAUGAUAAAGUUGGACCGUGUAGGAAGGUGGAAAACCCAAGUUGAAGUGGGAGGAGUCACACAUGUCGACAAGUGGUCUUAAGGUUCAUAUUUAUGUUUAUAAAUGUAAUUUGUGUUCCUGCUCUUGUAACAGCUGUUGGUUGUUGUCUUACAUCAUGUCACACAAUUGAUCAUCUCAACCGAUUUUGAGAGACUUGAAAUAUGAUGAAGAUAAAUGCAGACCACACACCACGUGUGACCGCAAAAAUCACGUCCCCUCAACUGAUGUGUGCCGUCGUACUGAGGCUGACCUUUUAGAGGCAGCGGGGUUCUAGAUACAAAAGAAAAGAGUGUUACUAGAAGCAGGAAUAGAAGAACCAAGGCUGCAUUUUGCCAGAAGUUAGCUGGGAUAGGCUCCAGUCCUCCCAUAACCCUUGUGAGGGUAAGCAGCUUGCAUAGUGGAUGGAUGGAUGGAUGGAUGGAAGGAAGGCUAACUGUUGGCUUAUGUGGCCACUAAACUGCACUUGAAAACUUUUGCCAUUUUGCAUUGUGGUGACUACACUCUACACACACAUUGACCACACACAAGGAUUUGUCGUUGUAAAUAUUGAACAUGUUUAACAGUUACAAUGAUCAAAGAGGUCAAGUUACUCUUAAACAAACCAAACCACAGGAUAAUCCCUCUGGUUAACCUUUCUGAGCCGUAGCGAGAAAAUGCUCAAAUUUGCCCUUGCCCGCUUGAGUCUUGGGGUGCGAGUAACCUUUCACUCAAAUAUUUCUGGGUAGAUUGUCAGUCAUCCAGUUUUUGGUAACCUGCAAAGGAUGAAUCAAGACGAUGGACAGUUGUUGUUUCAACCCAAAAGGCCUCUUCAGUUCCAAAUUUUGAUUGUAGAUUGGGCUGGGUGUGUUCCUUCCUAAGCAACAUUGCUUACAUUUGGCAUUGCAGUGAGGAGUGCAAUGCCCUCUACAUUGGCAGCCCCUCCACAGGCGCAUGGUGCAACAUUGACGAGAAAAAAGGGGGCAUUCCUUUCAAGAAAACACCAUCCAAAUUUGGGAUAGGGAGGACCGGAGGUUUGAAAAAGGUGGAAAUGGAGCCCGAAAACCGUGGGAGGAGGCGUGAGACAUCACCUGUCAUUUGCCAAUAACAACGUACUUGCAUGCCCCCCAAGAAAGCAUGCACGAUGCUGCUUUUACUAACCACACUGGACAUCAAAAACCCAUUGCUGACCACCCCCAACAAGGCAUAAAUGGGGGACUCCACAGCUAAAAGGUAGAACUGAUGAACCCAUUUGGAUAAAAGAUGAAGUGGCUUCAGCAAACUACAACAGUCCAGUUUCCUUUGCGGACUUUCUCCUAAAGUUUGCUAAAUUUAAUUGAAAACACUAUCAAAGAAUUACUGAAAAUGAUUGUUGUUUCAAUAACCAUUCUUCUGAGGUCUAUUUUUUAAAAUGACACAGCGGGCCCGGAUGGAACACUCUUUGGCCCCCCGGGGGUUCCCCUUGCGAGAACCAACAAACGGGAUGAUAGUUUCUCCCAAGUUGUUCUUGCACUCAACGUUCUUUGCUUGACUUUUGUUGUCUUUAAAGGCUGAUGAUGAGAUCCAAAAAGGUAAUUUAAAAAAAAAAAAAAAAAAAAAAAAGAAUUGGUUUGGUAUUUCAAAGCAGGUAUUUUAGGAAACAAACCAUUUUAUUCUUUGUACAGUUAAUUGUGUCAUUUAGUUUUGCACAUUUGUAAUUCACGUCUGUAUUAGGCUUUAGCGUUAAGAAUAUGAAUGGCACCCUACUUGAUUGAUAUCGCGACCACUGUAGUAUAUUUUUGAUUAAGUAUCUUUGUAUUUGUUGGCAUUAUGUACAGGGCAGCAGCUCACUCAGUAAUGAAGUGCUUCAUUGUAUUUCCGUGUUGAUGACUUUGACAUUUCUAUUUUGCGUUUAUUGUCAGACGGGUCAAGCCCCUUAAUGCUUGUUGUUGACCAGGAUUGAGAUUUGCCUUCACCAGACCUCUUCAGCCGCCUCACAACCUUUGAAUAUUGUUAACAAUAACGAUGAUGAUGAUAAUAAUAAUGCAAUGCAUUCAGUGAGUUGUGUUUGUCUUGAUGUCAUGGACAAAACUUCAUCGUGAAUUUCUGUCUGCUGUGACAGACACGAGCAGGACGGACGUGUCUGCCCUUUGAAUGUAUUCAUGCAGAAUCCCAACGAUCAAUACUUCAUAUCAUUGAAAAGGAAUUCUCACCAUACAAACAAACUUGUCUUCUGUUUGUAAAGGAUUACUAUUGCCCGUAUGCUGUACAGACUGAUGAUGCAAAAAUCAAACCCCUUAUUUUUUCCUCCUAAUUACUCGAUAUUGUAAUAUUUCAU